CUCGGGCGGCGCGGGUACCCUGUCUAGGGUGUCCUUUGCUCAGGAAUGGGCCCGCAGGCUGCAGUCGGCAGGAUGAUUCUGCUGGUGGUCCUGAUGCUGUCUGCGGAGAUCGGGAGUGGAGCUUUGAUGAGCACCGAGGAUCCUAAGCCGCCCUCGGUGCCUGCGCCAACAAAUGUUCUAAUUACGUCCUAUGACUUGAACCCUGUCGUACAUUGGAAGCACCAGAACGUGUCGCAGGCUGCCGUCUUCACUGUACAGGUAAAGAUGUAUCCGGAUAACUGGACUGAUGCCUGCACCAACAUUGCCCAUCAUUAUUGUAAUAUCUACAAACACAUUUCCUAUCCUGACUCAUCUGCCUGGGCCAGAGUUAAGGCCAAGGUUGGACAAAGAGAAUCUGCCUAUGCACAGUCAGAAGAGUUUAUUAUGUGCCGAAAGGGGAAGGUUGGACCGCCUGGCCUGGACAUCGGAAGGAAGGAAGAUCAGCUGAUUGUCCACAUAUUUCACCCUAAGGUCAAUGUGAGUCAGGAAACCAUGUUUGGUGACGGAAAUACCUGUUACACAUUCGACUACACUGUGUUUGUGAAACAUUACAGGAGUGGGGAGAUCCUACAUACAGAACAUAGCGUCCUAAAAGAAGAUUGUAGCGAAACUCUGUGUGAGUUAAACAUCUCAGUGUCCACGCUGAAUUCCAAUUACUGUGUUUCAGUAGUUGGAAAGUCGUCUUUCUGGCAAGUUAAUACAGAAACAUCAAAAGACGCCUGUAUCCCCUUUCUCCAUGAUGACAGAGAAGAAUCAAUUUGGAUGCUGCUUGUUGCUCCUCUUCUCUUCCUUACAAUAGUUGUCCCGGCACUUGUGUGUUGUUACAUUAAGAAGAAUCCAUUUAAGAGAAAAAGCAUAAUGUUACCUAAGUCCUUGCUCUCUGUGGUAAAAAAUGCCACGUCCGAGACCAAACCUGAAUCAAAGUACUCCCUUGUCACGUCGUGCCAGCCAGCUGUCCUAGAGAACGAGACAGUGAUCUGUGAGGAGCACUUGUCCACAGUGACAACUCCAGACAGCCUAGAAGCACCAGAGCAGGAAGAACUUUCUAAAGGAACCGUGGCUACGGUUGCUGAAGGAAACACUUCCCCCGAGACCACCGACAGCCCUCCAACUCCGGUACAAAGUGGCCAUUUUUCCCUGUCAAGUAGUAACCAGUCAGGCUCCUGUAGCCUCACCACCUAUCACUCCAGGGACGGCUCUGACAGUGGCCUCGUGGGCACAGGCAGCUCCAUAUCUGACUCUGACUUUCUCCCAAACAACGACUCGGAAACAAAGAUGGCAGACCCAGCCCCUACACCUGUGAGGAAGGCCCUGACUUUCUCCGGUUAUGACAAACCACACGUGUUGGUGGACGUGCCCGUGGAUGGGGAGGGCAAGGAGUCUUUGAUUGGGUAUAGACUCACGGGUGAUACCCAGGAACUGUCCUAAGGCCGCCGAGUCCUGACGGUGCUGAAGGAUCUGCCUCUAGGCAGUUUUCCUGCUUUGUUCUCGUGAAAGACUUUGCACGUUAGCCGAUUCUGACCGCAGCGUCCCUAAUGUGACACCCGGAUAAGGAGUCUGUGUGAGCGCACUGCCCGGUCUACUCCGCAAAUGCCAAGACUGCCAGAGGGAUGAACAGUCACCUAUGAGCUCCUGCCUGGGUGGGCUGGUUCUCCUCCUCUAGCCUUGCUUCCUCCAGCCGCUGCUCCUCCACCUCACUGCCUCACGGGACACGGGGGACCUGUCCUCACACACCUUUGUAUCUGUAAGUCCGUGUAUAUAGUGUGUUUGCAGUUUCACUUAAGGGAAAGCUGAAAGCCACUGCAGGUGGACUCCGUUCGUGACAAGUUUGGUAGGACAUUUGUGGGCGCAUACGUUUUUUUAUGGGGCAUCACUUAUGAUUUUUAAGUAAAAUGUUUUGAAACCAGAA